AUGAUGGCUAUACACGUGGUUUCUGGUGAUGAAGAUGGGGAAAGAGGUGGAGCUCCUGAUCUUUGUGUUGAGGAUGUUUCAAGACACCUCUUUGAGUUUUCGAGAGACCAAGUUGAUUUGACUCCUAUCCUCUUGUUAGUUCCAUUGGUUUUAGGACAGGACAAAAUCAACCCGAGGUAUCUUACUCUGUUGAGUGCGACAUUGACAUUUUCGCAAAGCCUUGGUCUAUUGGGUGGCAGACCUGGAGCUUCAACAUACAUAGUUGGUGUGCAAGAUGAGAAAGCAUUUUAUCUUGUUCCACACGAAGUUCAGCAGGUUCUUGAUAUUAAGCUGGACAAUGUAGGCGUUGAUACUUCAUCUUAUCAUUGCAAGUAA